GAAAUCACUUCACUGAAGUUAGAAGAGCUUGAGAGUAACAUGAAGAAACCUUUUUUAGUUCAGGCGAGAGACAGAUUAAAGGGAGAAGAAAGAGAGGUUCAGAUGACUCUUAAUACCAGAAUGGAGUCUUUGGAGAGCGCACUGCAGAUUGUAUUACCUGUGGAGAAGGAAUCACUCCUUGUCUGUGGUUCAGACCUGCUUCUCCAUGAAAUGGCCAUUGAAGAAUUUCACCUCACUAAUGCUGAUGGCAUUUAUCAAAAUCUGAGGAAUAUCCAAGAUUCCAUAGCAAAACAGAUCGAAAUAUGCAACAAUUUGGAACAGUUGGGCAACUAUACAUUAAAGGAAUUACACCCACUUGAUGUAUGUGCAAUGCAAUGUAUUAUACAGAAACUCAGAACACAACUCGAAGAAGUGAACUACAAGGUGCAGAGGAGUAAAGAUGCCCUCAAAGCUCUGGAAGAGUUUUUGGCUUCUCUGAGAACAGCUGAACUUUCUUUUGAGCCUGUUACAAACCUUUCAGCCUCAGAUAUACAGGUGGUACCAGGAAAUACUUUGGCAGUAGAAAAUAAAGAGGGAGAAAUUCAUGUAAUGAAAGAUAUGGCGAGACUUUUGGAUAAACGUUUGAAGAUGCUCAAUAUAAGCUUUAAAGAUGCUAAGCAGUGUGAAGAUACCUCCUGUGAAAAACUUCUUGAUGCUUUGUCCAAAAAGUUCUGUGAGCCACAUGGCCAUGGUGUACUGGAGGAACUCAGUGAAGAAGACAAAUUACUCGAGACUUGUAUUUUAAAAAAUAAUGAACUCCUGAAAAAUAUUCAAGAGGUACACAAUCAAAUCAGUAAGAUUGGUCUUAAGGAUCCAACUGCUCCAGCUGUAAAACAACGGAAAAAAUCGUUACUCAAACUGGAUAAGGAUCUAGAUGAAUAUGAAGAAGAGAAGAAACACUUGCAAGAAAUGGCUAAUUCUCUCCCACAAUUCAAAGAUGGCAGAGAGAAAGCUCUGAAUCACCAGUGCCAAAAUACAGCACUCUGGUGGGAGAAUACAAAAGCUUUAGUCACUGAAUGCCUUGACCAGUGUGAAAGAGUUUUGGAGCUCUUAAAACAGUAUCAGAAUUUUAAAAGUGUUUUGACAACUUUGAUUCAAAAAGAAGAGAGUGUCAUCUCCCUUCAGGCAUCAUACAUGGGAAAGGAGAACCUGAAGAAAAGAAUAGCAGAGAUUGAAAUUGUCAAAGAAGAAUUUAAUGAACAUUUGGAAAUUGUAGACAAGAUUAACCAGAUCUGCAAAAAUCUACAAUUUCAUCUAAAUAAAAUGAGAACCUUUGAGGAGCCUCCUUUUGAGAAAGAAGCUAACAUUAUUGUGGACAGAUGGCUUGAUAUAAAUGAGAAGACAGAAGACUACUAUGAAAAUCUUGGUCAUGCGCUAGCUUUAUGGGACAAACUUUUUAACUUAAAAAGUGCCAUUGAUGAGUGGACUGAAAAGGUCCUUCAAAAAAUAGAAUUACAUCAACUGUCUGAAGAGGAAAGAGAAAAGUUACAGGAAGAGUUACAAGUCCAUGAACAAAAACCUUCUGAAUUUUCUAAGGGAGUGGCUAAAAUACAGUUUCUUCUUCAAAGCAGUGAAAUACCUCUUGAAUUGCAGGUCAUGGAGUCCUCUGUUCUGAACAAGAUAGAACAUGUAAAAAUGUGUUUAACAGGAGAAUCCAACUGCUGUGCACUCGGUGGCAGCACAACCGAGCUAAGGGAGGACCUCGACCAAGCCAAGACCCAGAUAGGAAGGACUGAAUCCCUCUUAAAAGCCUUGUCUCCUUCCGACAGCUUAGAAAUCUUUACUAAACUUGAGGAGAUACAACAACAAAUUCUACAGCAAAAGCACAGUAUGAUGUUACUUGAAAAUCAGAUAGGUUGUCUGACUCCUGAACUCUCUGAAUUGAAAAAGCAAUAUGAAAGUGUCAGUGACUUAUUUAAUACCAAAAAAAGUGUUUUACAAGAUCACUUUUCUAAGUUACUGAAUGAUCAGUGCAAGAACUUUAAUGACUGGUUUGGCAGUACUAAAAUGAGCCUUAAAGAGUGUUUUGAAUCAUCAGAAACAAAAAAGAAUGUGGAACAAAAGCUACAAAAACUUUCUGAUUUCUUGACUCUUGAAGGAAAAGGCAGUAAAAUACAACAGGUCAGAACUGUGCUGAAUCAUGUGAAGAAGCAUCUGCCCAAAGCACAUGUUAAGGAACUUAACAGUUGGAUUAUAAACCAAGAAAUUGAAUUAGAAAAAAUGGAGUCCGUAUGCCAGGCACGAGCAAAGGAGCUUGAUGACCACUUGCAGCAGCUGCUGAGACUCCAGGAUGACCACAGAAAUCUGAGUAAGUGGUUGACUAGUCAAGAGGAGAAAUGGAAAGAAAUGGAAGAAUCAGGAGAGAAAACUGAGCUAUUUUGUGAAGCUCUCGCCAGGAAGAGGGAACAGUUUGAAUCUAUGGCCCAGUUGAACAACUCUUUGAAGGAACAUGGACUUGCCGAAGAAGAAAUAAUAAUGGAAUCAAUACAUUUGAUUGAUAGAUACCAGACAUUGUUGACACAAUUAUGUGAAAUUGAUGAAGAGGAUAAGUUACCUCCUGCUGAGGACCAGCGCUUUAAUGAUCUUGCACAUGAUGUAAUUCAUUGGAUCACAGGAAUUAAAGACUCCCUUAUGGUUUUGAAUUCAUCUGAAGGCAAAAUGCCACUUGAGGAAAGAAUCCAAAAAAUAAAGGAAAUCAUUUUACUGAAGCCUGAAGGGGAUGCUAAAAUAGAGACCAUCAUGAGUCAGGCUGAGAGCACCAAAGUUCUUUCGGUUCCAAAGACCCUGACUGAUAUCAGGAGCCAGUGGGACAACACCCUCCAUUUAGCCAACACGUAUUUAAGCCAUCAAGAAAUGCUUCUGCUAGAAGGAGAGAAGUAUUUGCAAAGUAAGGAUGACCUGAGAUUAAUGCUUACAGAGCUAAAAAAGAAACAAGAAGUAGGUUUUGCUCUACAACAUGGUUUGCAGGAGAAAAAAGCUCAGUUAAAAAUUUAUAAGAAAUUCCUCCAGAAAGCACAAGAUUUGACAUCCUUGCUAAAGGAGUUAAAAUCUCAAGGAAAUUACCUCUUGGAAUGCACUAAAAACUCCAACUUCAGUGAAGAGCCUUGGCUGGAAAUCAAGCAUCUACAUGAAAGCCUUCUUCAACAAUUACAGGAUUCUGUGCAAAAACUGGAAGGUCAUGUUCAAGAACACCACUCAUACGAGGUGUGCAUUACAGACCUGAAUACUGCAUUGGACAAUAUCUCCAAGGAAUUUGCCUGUUUUUCUGAUAAGCCUGUGGAUCAACUAGCUCUGGAGGAAAAACUGCAGAAACUUCAGGAACUAGAGAAUAGACUCAGUUUACAAAAUGGCACAUUAAAGAAGAUUUCAGCUUUAGCAAAAUCCAUCAAGCAAAACACAUCUUCAGUGGGACAGGAGAUUAUUAAAGAUAAUAUAAAAUCACUUAAGGGUAAACAAAAAGAUUUAGAAAACAGACUUGAAUCCGCUAAGCAGGAGACAGAAAAUCAUCUCAAUGGCAUUCUCAAAUCAAAAUACUCAACAGGAAAGAAAGAAAAGUUUACUCUGCCAGGCAGAGAGAAGCAGGUCACUUCUGAUGUGCAGGAGUCCACUCAGGACUCAGCCACUGUGGAAAUGUUCGAGGAAGACCAGGAAAUAAACAAGAAUUCAGCUGUGGAAAUGGUUUUGUCAAAACAACUUUCUCUUGAUGUUCAAGAAAGCAUGAAAAACACUGAAGAUGAACAGAAAGUCAAUGAGCUGCAAAAUCAACCUUUAGAAUUAGAUAUUAUGUUAAGAGAUGAACAAUUAAAAGAGAUAGAGGAAUUACAUACCCAGUUGGAAGCAAAGAAAGCAACCAUUGACCCACUGAAAUGCAGUGAAGACCUCAAGGAAACAGAGGCAAGUGCCUUGGUUCUCCACAGCACAAGGUAUUCAGUGCACCACUUGGACAAUCUGCUUCAGGCACUAACUACUUUGAAGAAAAAUAAAGAAAGACAAUACAGUCUGCUUAAAGAUUUUCAGGAACAUCUCGCUACAGCUGAAUCCUCGUUGAAAGCCUUGUUGACAGAAAAGGAAAGUCUAAAAGUGGGACCACUGGGCAGUGCAACCUACUUAGAUAAAAUUAGAAAAUUGCUAGUGUCAGUAGAAAAAGAGAAAGGUUCUUUAAGCAGGAUGAAAAUUGAAUGGGAAAAUUUAUCAGACCAUCUGACUGAUAUGGAUAAGAAGCUGUUGGAAAGCCAGAUCAAGCAACUUGAACAUGGUUGGGAACAAGCGGAACAACUGGUUCAAAAGAAGUAUUCUCAGCAAGUAGUGGAACAUGAUGAAUUCACAUUUCUCCUGAGUAAGAUCCAAGACCUUGAAAUUUCUUUGCAGCAGCACCAGUGUUUGCAGUCAAGGCCAAACUCUUCAGAACAGGAAGGGGGCCAAAGCGUGGUUGACCUGGCCACUGAACUCCAGGCUGUCAAGCAUAGGUUUUCUGUUUUAAAGGGGCAGGCUGAACUUCAGAUGAAGAGGAUUUGGGGAGAAAAAGAGAAGAAGAUUUUGGAAGAUGCAGCAAAUAAUAUGCAGAGGCGGUUGGAAGUAUUGGAACCAUUAAACAUGGAGAUGGAAAAUCAAAUCAAGCAGUGUGAAGUAAAGAACAAGAUGAAAGAGACCAUCUUGUGGGUCAAGAAGCUGCUCGGUGAACCCAUUCCUACCAUUUCUCUUCUCCCAGAUGACAUUCUUUCACAGAUUAGAAAGUGCAAGGUGACACAUGAUGGCAUCCUGGAUAAGCAACAGGCUGUGGAGUCAUUGGUUGAAGAGGUCAAAGAGAAUAUUCCUAACCUUACAGUAUACGAGAGCAGUGAUUUAAAUAACCUUCUACAAGACUUACAGAAUCAAUACCAACUGCUAGUUUUAAAAUCAACUCAAAGAUCACAGCAAUUAGAAUUUAAAUUGGAAGAAAGAAGCAAAUUUGUUGCUGUAAUAGGGAAGGUUCAGCUUUCCCUCCGAGGAAGUGAAGCCCUGGUGAUCCCCAGGAGGAGAACACCUUCUGCAGGAGCUGAACUGGAGCGUCAGUGUGUCGCUCUGGCGACUUCUCAGAAGGAACUGCAGGAAAUUGAGAGAAUAAUCUCAGCACACCUUCAGGAACAAACAAACAUCUGUAAGGGUCUAAGUGUGUUUGAAAGAUCGUUUCUGGAUGAUCAAUUGAAAAAUCUUAAGGCUAGAGCCAGCAGAACUCAACGAUUCAUUCAAAAUAAGUGGAAUGAAGUAGAACGCAAGAUACAUUUUUAUAGCGAAUUCCAUGAGAAAACAUCUGCGCUUCAGAAGGAGGUUGACCAUAUCCAGCACAGGGAACUGAAAGAACUCAAUCAAGGACUAAAUCAAGAUGCUAAAGAGGAGUUCUGUAGUCUUCAAGAUCGACUCACUGGUAUUCAGUCUCGGAUCCUACAAGUACUGAAACUCAAAGAAGUGUUUGACCAGCUAGGACUGAACUGGGAUUGUUCCCAGCUUGAUCAAUUACAAACCCAAGUAUUUGAAAAAGAGAAGGAACUUGAAGAAAAAAUUAAGCAGUUGGACACAUUCAUGGCAGAACAUAGCAAAUACCAAGCAUUACUGAGCAAACUGAGGGCUAUGGAUCUGCACAUUAAGGAAAGGGCUGAAGGAGUAUUAAAACCUUUCAGUGCCUCCCCAGACAGCAUUCUGCUCAGUGCUCACAUUUUGAAUCAGAGAAUCGAGAAAGCUAUGUGCUUGAAUCGUGAGAUGCUAAAGAAGUUAAGUGAAAGUGAAGUAUUUGAUGGCUCGUUCAAAGAGGAAGAAAUACUACAAAUGAAACUGUAUGCAGAAGAAAAUGCUAAGUUACACACGAUUCUCCAAAACAUAGUACUAGAAUCCCAGUCGAAAGAAAUGGAUGAAAAGAACUUUGACGACAAAUUAGAAAAUUCCUUACGUGUUUUAAAUCAGAUAAAAUCUCAGUUACAGCAGCCUUUACUUAUAAAUUUGAAAAUGGAACAUAUUGAAAAUGAAAAGAUUAACUGUGAAGUGUUUCAAGAACAAGUUCAGGCAGAAAUGUAUAGCAUUAAAGCUGUGACAAUUACUGAGAAGCAAAGAGCAGAAAACCCUUCUGAAGCUAGUGAUGUGGAGAAAAAAUUAUGUGACAUUGAAGAUCUUCACAUGCAGCUUAACACAAGCAUUGAUUUGCGCACAAAUGUCUUGACUAAUGCUCGUGAAAACAUGGCACGCUAUAAUGAGGCAGUCACCAGAGCAAUGCAGGUCAUCACUGCCCUGGAAGCCGUCAUCGUAUCCCACAGAGCCGACCUUGAUAAUCCAGAAGAAUCACUAGAGAAGCCUCGCUGGCAGCAAGAGGAGUUAGAAUCCACAGUAGCAGACAUCCAAGACCUCACUGAGAAACUGGGGACUCUAUCCAGCCCUGAAGCCCAACAACAGCUUCAGUGUACUUUACAGGAGUUACUUUCUAAGAACUCAGCCAUGAGGGAGGCAGCCAGAGUCAAGGAAGCUGAAAUCGAAAGGUGUCUCAAGGAUUACAAAUGCUAUAGAGAAAUUAAGGAGAGAAUUUGUACUAACCUUAGUCAAGUGGAGACAGUCCUUGAAGAGUCUAUGUCCACGUUGCCAGGGUCUUACAAAGAAACUUUAGAGCGCUUGGAACACAGCAAGGCCAUGGUAUCAAAUCUUACAUCAACCAAAGAAGAGUUUGUGAAAGUACGACAGAUCCUCAGACACCUGAGACCCCUGUGCACAGACCACGAUGGUGUAUGUUUGCUCAGAACCAUGCUGGCUCUGUGGGAAAAAUGGCUGAGUUUGCUGGAAGCUGCUAAAGAAUGGGAGAUGUGGUGUGAAGAACUGAAGCAGGAGUGGAAAUUUGUCAGUGAAGAAAUUGAACGAGAAGUGAUAAUUUUAGAUAAUCUUCAAGAAGAUCUCCCUGAAAUUUCUAAAAUAAAAGAGGCAGCCAGCACAGAGGAACUCUCUGAGUUGCUAGACUCUUUAUGCCAAUAUGAAGAGAAUGUGGAGCAGCAGCAGCUGUUACUGACCCUACUUCUUCAACGCAUAAAAAGUAUCCAAAACACUUCUGAAAGCUCAAGGACUAUAGAAACUGUUCCAGCAUUUCAAGAGAUUAUGUCUAUGCAAGAUCAAUGCAACAAGCUUUUUCUGAAAGCUCAAAAAAACAAGGAACUGAUACAAAAUGAAAUCCAAGAAAGACAUUCCUUCACAAAAGAAAUAAUUACUUUGAAGAAUUUAUUUCAACAGACUACAACUUCUUUCCAAAAUAUGGAAUUACAGGACCACCCAGAAAAGGCAGGACAGUUUGAGGAGCUGCAAAACAUCCUUAAGAAAGGGAAGCUAACUUUUGAGGAUAUUAUGGAAAAACUGCAGAUCAAGUAUUCGGAAAUGUACACCAUAGUCCCUGCAGAGAUUGAAUCCCAGGUGGAAGAAUGCAGAAAAGCUUUAGAAGACGCUGAUGAGAAGAUUAGCAAUGAAGUCUUGAAAAGCUCACCAUCAUUCAUAAUGAGUAGAAAAAUAGAUGAAAUUAAAAAUGGGCUUCAUAAUGUUGAAAAGAUGUUGCAACAGAAAAGCAAAAAUAUUGAGAAAGCUCAAGAAAUUCAGAAGAAUAUGUGGGAUGAACUAGAUGUCUGGCAUUCUAAGCUAAAUGAGCUGGAUUCUGAAGUCCAGGACAUUGUUGAGCAGAAUCCAGAACAGGCUCAAGAAUGGAUGGAUAGCUUGAUGAUUCCUUUCCAGCAGUAUCAGCAAGUAUCACAGAGAGCAGAAUCUAGAACUUCACAGUUAAAUAAGGCCACAAUUAAGGUGGAGGAAUAUCAUGAUCUUUUGAAGAGUACUGAGGCUUGGAUAGAAAAUACCAGUUGUUUGCUGGCUAAUCCUGUGGACUAUGACUCUUCACAGAUGCUGAGUCACCAUGCUAGCACCUUGCAGAUGGCUUUGGAGGAUUCAGAACAGAAGCACAAUCUUCUACAUUCAGUUUUCACAGAUCUAAAAGAACUGUCAAUAAUUUUUGAAACAGAUGACUUAGCACAGUCUGUACACAAGUUAAGUCAUCAAGUAGCAGCUUUACAACAAAAAAUCAUGGAACACCUUCCACAGAUUCAGCACAUGGCUGAUGAUGUGGUUGCUAUUGAAACCGAAGUAAAAUCAAUGGAGAAAAAAGUUUUAAAAAUCAAAACUAUCCUGUUAUCAAAAGAAAUAUUUGAUUUUUCACCUGAAGAACAUCUCAGGCAUGGGGAGGUCAUACUUGAAAAUAUACGUCCCAUGAAGAAAACUAUUGCUGAAAUAGUGUCUUACCAAGUGGAACUGAGGUUACCCCAGACAGGAAUGAAACCUCUUCCAGUGUUGCAGCGGAUAAAUCAGCUUUCACAAGAUAUAAAAGUAUUGGAAAAUGUGACUCAGGAACAAAAUGAAUUAUUAAAGAUUGUCAUAAAACAGACUAAUGAAUGUGAUGAGGACAUUGAAAAUUUGAAGCACAUCUUAAAUAAUAAUUCAGCUGAGUUCUCCAGUGAACAUACACCACCACAUCAAGCUGCCAGCCUGCCACAAGUCCAGGGGGAGAGAGAAGAUCUGGAAAAGCAGAUUCAGGGUUUGAACCAGAAAAAAGAAGACCUGUUGGUGGACUUGAAAGCUGCCAUACUGAGCCUUCACCAGCAUUUACAGCAAGAACAGCAAGAGUUAGAAAAAGAAAUGCUGACGGCUGGAGCAGUAGCAGAAGAUGGAGUGGCUGAGAGAGAUGUUUCUGAGUGGAAGUUGAACAGAACCGGUUCCAUGUCUCUCCUGCCAGCAGUGAAGGAAGAGGCUGAAGACAGCUCGCUGAGAAGUGAAAAUGGAGACAAGAAAGCAGAGCCAUCUUCUGGGUCUUGGUCUUUAUUUUGGAAGAAUGAGAAAGACUUGGAGGAAGAUAAAGAAUCCUCAUCCUCUGGGACAAUCAUUCAGGGUGCCACACCUCCUAUCAAGGCUGCAGCUGUGGGCUUUUCUGACAAGCAAGGAGCUUUUGAGGGCACAGUGGAGAAACCUAGGCCUGAGCCUGCAGAAGUCCUCCAUGUCUGCAAGACCCAGGUCGCUGAGCUGGAGCUGUGGUUGCACCAAGCCAACGUGGCAUUCGAGCCGGAAACACUAAACUGGGACAUGCAGCAGGUGGUGGAACAGCAGCUGGUAGGGUGCCAGGCUAUGCUGACAGAGAUUGAGCACAAGGUUGCCUCUCUGUUAGAGAAUUGCAAAGAUCAGGGCCUGGGAGAAAGUGGAGACACUCAACACGAGGCUGAAGCACUUUCCUUGAAACUAAAAACUGUGAAAUGCAAUUUGGAGAAAGUCCAGGUGAUGCUUCAGGAAAAAUACAGUGAGGACCAGCAUUCUACCAUUCUAAAGAAAUCUUUGGAGCAUCAGAAAGUUCCCCAACCAGAUGACCUCUCUGAAUUGGAAUAUGUGGUAACCGAAAGGCCACAGUUCAACAGACAAAAAGACCUGCCACAGCAACAGGUUCUGGAGUUAAAGCCAAUGGAACAGAAAGAUUUAAUCAAAUUCAUAGAAUUUAAUGCUAAGAAAAUGUGGCCCCAGUAUUGCCAACACGAUAAAGAUACAACUCAGAAAUCAUCUGGGAGCAGUGAGGCAUCUAGCCACCAAAACGAUUCUCCAGACUCAGUCUUGUCAAGCCAAGGCCAAAGUGGAGAUAAAUGGCAAUAUUUUCAUCAUGAACUCUCAUCAAAAAUAAGGCUACCUGUACCAGAGCUUGUGCAGCCUCAGGUUACCACAAAUACAAGUAUUCUACCCAGUGUGAAUGUGUAUAACUUUAGAUACCCAACAACUGAAGAGCUGAAAACUUACACCACCCAACUUGAAGAUCUGCGUCAAGAAGCAAAUCUUCAGAUACAGGAAAAUAUGACUGAAGCAACAUACUUAAAUUUGGAUAAAAAACUAUUUGAACUAUUUCUACCCCUCAGUCAGUGCCUCAGCCGGGUGGAAGAGAUGCUGCAGACCCCUGGGCUCCUCAGGGAGGAUGUCUGGGCGCAGCAGGUGCUCUGUGAGACACUGGCUCUGGAGCUGAAAAAGCUUUACUUAGCCAUGAAUGACAAAAAGGAUGCUCUUUUGAAAGCCAUGAAUUGGCCUGGCAAGAACACCAGCUUGUUCCUAGACUGUUGGGAUAACCUCCUCGUCUACCUGGAGCACACCCGGGCGACAGCUGCCUCCAGAAGCAAGUCCCUGAAAGCUGGCCUCGACUACACCCGCAGUUACCAGAAUGAAAUAAAGCGAUUAUAUGAUCAGCUUAUUAAGAGUAAAACAUCUUUACAACAGUCUUUGAGUGAAAUCAGUGGCCAGAGUAUUGAUGAACAGCUUCAGAAAGCAGAAGCCUAUACAGUGGAGCUGCAGAACUCUGAGAGCCGAGUGGCAAAACUAAGAGACGAAGGGGAGAGGCUUCAUUUACCUUAUGGUUUGCUCCAAGAGGUUUACAAAUUAGAGGAUGUACUUGACAGUAUGUGGGGAAUCCUGAGAGCCAAGUACACAGAACUCAGCAGUCCAUUCAUUACUGAGAGCCAGCAAGAUGCUUUGUUGCAAGGCAUGGUGGAACUAGUGAAUAUUGGAAAGGAAAAGCUUGCUCAUGACCACUUACAACGAUCCAAAAGUAAAGUUUCCUUACAGACUCAAAUACAAAAUCACAAGCUAUUUUUCCAGAAGCUUGUUGCUGACAUGCUGUCAAUCCAAACAUACUCCAACAAAAUGCUUCCUUCUUUAUUGCAAAAGAAAGAGACAUUUUGGGCAGAACAAAUAAAGGAAGUUGAAUCACUAGAAGAAAAGUCACACCAGUGUGGGAUAAAGCUGCAGAGCUUGUUGGAGAAAUGGGAAGAAUUUGAUGAAAAGUAUGCAUCUCUUGAAAAGGACCUGGAAGUGCUUGUAUCCACAUUGCCCUCUGUGAGUUUGGUGGAAGAGACAGAGGAGAGAUUAGUGGAAAGGAUUUCCUUUUACCAGCAAAUAAAAAGAAACUUGGAUGAAAAGCACGCCCGGGUUUACCAGACUCUUAAUGAAGGCAGACAGCUGAUGGCAUCUGUGAGCUGUCCUGAACUAGAGAGCCAGAUUGCAAAACUGGAAGAGCAGUGGCUGUCCCUAAACAAAAAAACUGAUCAUGAACUACACAGACUACAAACACUUCUCAAGCAUCUGCUCAGUUAUAACAGAGAUUCAGAUCAGUUAACGAAGUGGUUGGAAUCUUCUCAGCAAACUCUGAAUUAUUGGAAAGAACAGUCUCUCAAUGUGUCUCAAGACUUGGAUACGAUCAGGAGCAACAUAAAUAACUUCUUUGAGUUUUCAAAGGAGCUUGAUGAGAAAUCCUCCUUGAAGACUGCAGUUCUAAGUACUGGGAACCAGCUUCUUCACCUGAAGGAGGCGGAUACAGCUACCCUGAGAGCUUCUUUAGCACAGUUUGAACAAAAAUGGACAAUGCUCGUAACACAACUUCCAGAUAUUCAAGAAAAACUUCACCAGCUUCAGAUGGAGAAAUUGUCAUCUCAUAAAGCAAUCACAGAAAUGAUUAGCUGGAUGAACAAUGUGGAACAUCAGACUGCAGAGGAAGACUUUGAGCAUUCAUUGAGUUCCGCAUCUCAAGUUAAAAAUCUUCUUCAGAAGUACAAGGAGUUCAGAAUGGAAAUGGACUAUAAACAAUGGAUAGUUGACUUUGUUAACCAGUCAUUACUUCAGUUAAGCACCUGUGAUGUAGAAAGUAAGCGCUAUGAGAGAACAGAGUUUGCAGAGCACCUGGGAGAGAUGAAUCGCCAGUGGCACCGGGUCCAUGGAGCGCUAAAUAGAAAGAUACAACAUUUAGAACAAUUUUUGGAAAGUAUCACUGAAAAUGAAAACAGAGUACAGAUUUUGAACAACUGGAUGGAGGCACAAGAGGAGAGGCUGAAAACGUUACAAAAACCCGAAAGUGUGAUCUCAGUGCAGAAGAUGCUCCUGGCCUGCCAGGAUAUAGAAAAUCAACUUGCAAUUAAAUCCAAAGCACUGGAUGAGUUGAGACAAAGUUAUCUAACUUCAGAGAGUGGGACGAUGCCAUUGUUAAAAGAUACAGCAUCCAGGAUUGAUGGGUUAUUUCAAAAGAGAAGCAGUGUAAUCCACCAGGUCAAUGAGCUCAAGACCUCCAUGCAGUCCAUGUUACGGGAGUGGAAGGUUUAUGAUAAACUCUAUGAUGAAGUGAGCAUGAUGACAACCCGAUUCUUGUACUGCGUGGAACACAGCAAGCCUGUGCUUUUAUCAUUAGCGGCCUUAAAGUGCCAGGUGAAGAAUCUUCAGUCUCUUCAGGACGAAGCUGAGAGAAGUGAAGGUAGUUGGGAGAAACUCCAGGAGGUUAUUAGAAAACUCAAAGAUUACUGCCCCUCAGUUGCUGAAAUAAUCGAAGAGAAAUGCCAGGAUACCCAUACAAGGUGGACCCAAGUAAACCAAGACAUCGCAAACCAGUUGCAGAAGGCCCAGAGCCUGCGGCAGCUCUGGCAAACCUGUAACAGUGCUCACGCUGAAGCUGCCACAAGGCUGGAGCAGCAGGAAGCAAAGUAUGGGCAGCUCGCAAACACUGCCAUGUCUGGAAACAACCUGGCAGAAAGCCUGCCCCCAGCCCUAUGGAAUAUGAAGGAGCUGCAGCAUGAUGUGCAGAGGACUAAAGAAGCCUUUCUCCAAAAUGCCCCUCUCUUGGAUCGGCUCCCGCAACCUGCAGAGUCCGGCGCCCACUUGCUCCUCUCUGGUCAAGUGCACUCCCUCCAGAGGGCUUCUUACUUGGAAAAGAUGCUGCUUAGGAAAGCAAAUGAAUUUGAGUUUGUUCUGUCACAGUUCAAGGAUUUUGGGGACCAGUUGGAAUCUUUAAAAACUCUCAUUAUGUGUGAAGAAGAGAAUUCAGAUAAACUCUAUCAUCAGGGAAAAGAAGAAAAUCCUGACUCAUUCCUGAAGCAUGUGCUGGCACUGACAGCCCGAUCACCCGAUGUUGAACAUUUGAAUGAAGUUAGCCUCAAGCUCCCACUUAGUGACAUAGCUGUAAAGACAUUACAAAACAUGAACCGCCAGUGGAUUCGGGCCACAGCGACAGCUCUGGAACGUUGCAGGGAGCUUCAGGGAAUUGGGUUGAAUGAAAAGUUUCUUCAUUGCUGUGAAAAGUGGGUCCAGCUUUUGGAGAAGGUAGAAGCAGCACUCCAGAUGGAUAUUGCUGACAGCCUUCCUGCUCUCCUGGAACAGCAGAAAACAUAUGAGACAUUAGAAGCCGAAGUUUCUAUAAACCAGACAAUUGCUGAUUCUUAUGUUACCCAGUCCUUACAACUCCUGGACACGACAGAAAUAGAGAACAGACCGGAGUUUGUUUCCAAGUUCAUGAAACUGAAGGACCGGUGGCAGCAUGCUGCCCAGAGCAUUCGGCAGCGGAAGAGUGACGUCGAUGGGCUGGUGAGGCAGUGGCGGUACUUCACCACCUCUGUGGAGCUCUUGCUCCGCUUCCUCGCUGACACCAGCCACCUGCUAUCUGCAGUGAAGAGCCAGAAUUGCUACAGCCUCUACCAAACUAGAGGUCUGAUCCAUGAGCUGAAGGGUAAAGAAACUCAUUUUCAGAGAUGGCAAACCACUUACGCAUUAACCUUAGAAACUGGGGAAAAGUUACUGAACACAACUAACCUGGAAACUAAAGAGUCAAUUGGCAAGAGAAUCAGUCAACUUCAGGACGACUGGAAGGACACAAAGCUCCAAGUAGGAGAGAUGGUUAAACAGUUCCAGAAUGUUGUAGAGACCUGGGACCAGUGUGAAAAGAAAAUGAAGGAGUUGAGAAGCAAGCUGCAAGUUUUAAAGGCACACAGUAAAGAUCCUCUUCCUGAACUUCAUGAGGACCUCCAUAAAGAGAAAGAACUGAUUAAGGAACUAGAGAAGUCUUUGGCCACCUGGACUCAGAACUUUAAAGAACUUCACACUAUGAAGACCGACUUAACCCAGCACAUUCUUGUGGAGGACGUGAUGGUUUUGAAGGAGCAAAUAGAGCAUUUGCACAGACAAUGGGAGGACCUCUGCUUAAGGGUGGCCAUACACAAGCAGGAGAUUGAAGACAGACUCAAUUCAUGGAUUGUGUUCAAUGAGAAAAAUAAAGAGUUGUGUGCAUGGCUGGUGCAGAUGGAAAACAAAGUCCUACAGACGGCAGAUGUCAGCAUUGAAGAAAUGAUUGAAAAGUUACAGAAGGACUGCAUGGAAGAAAUAAACUUGUUUAGUGAAAACAAGUUACAGCUAAAGCAAAUGGGUGACCAGUUGAUCAAGGCCAGUAUUAAGACGAGAGCAGCUGAGAUAGAUGACAAGCUCAACAAAAUUAAUGAUCGCUGGCAGCACCUUUUUGAUGUCAUUGGAUCAAGGGUGAAGAAGCUGAAGGAGACUUUUGCUUUUAUUCAGCAGUUAGACAAAAACAUGAGCAACCUUCGCACCUGGUUGGCCCGGAUUGAGUCUGAGCUUUCUAAGCCCGUUGUGUAUGACGUCUGUGAUGACCAAGAGAUCCAGAAGAGGCUCGCCGAGCAGCAGGACCUGCAGCGAGACAUUGAGCAGCACAGUGCAGGGGUGGAGUCUGUGUUUAACAUCUGUGACGUCCUACUGCACGACUCCGAUGCGUGCGCCAAUGAGACCGAGUGUGACUCCAUCCAGCAGACCACCAGAAGCCUGGACAGGCGCUGGCGGAACAUCUGCGCCAUGUCAAUGGAACGGCGAAUGAAAAUUGAGGAAACAUGGCGCCUGUGGCAGAAGUUUUUAGAUGAUUACUCCCGCUUUGAGGACUGGCUCAAGUCGGCUGAGAGGACAGCGGCCUACCCGAAUUCCUCAGAGGUGUUGUACACCAGUGCCAAAGAAGAGCUGAAGAAGUUUGAGGCCUUUCAGCGGCAGAUCCACGAGAGGCUCACGCAGCUGGAGCUCAUCAACAAGCAGUACCGGCGGCUGGCCCGGGAGAACCGCACCGACUCCGCCAGCAGGCUGAAGCACAUGGUCCACGAGGGCAACCAACGCUGGGACAGUCUGCAGAGGCGGGUCGCGGCCGUCCUGCGGCGACUCAGACAUUUCACCAACCAAAGGGAAGAAUUUGAAGGGACAAGGGAGAGCAUUCUGGUGUGGCUCACAGAGAUGGACCUCCAGCUAACCAACGUGGAACACUUCUCAGAGAGUGACGCCGAUGACAAGAUGCGCCAGCUGAAUGGUUUCCAACAGGAAAUUACAUUAAAUACCAACAAGAUUGAUCAGCUCAUCGUGUUUGGGGAGCAGCUCAUCCAGAAGAGCGAGCCCCUGGAUGCCGUACUGAUGGAGGACGAGCUGGAGGAGCUGCACCGGUACUGCCAGGAGGUGUUCGGCAGGGUCUCCCGCUUCCACCGGAGGCUGACCUCCCACCCUCCGGGCUUGGAAGAUGAAAAGGAGGCCUCUGAGAAUGAAACGGACAUGGAGGACCCCAGAGAGGUCCAGGCUGAUUCCUGGCGUAAGAGGAGAGCAAGCGAGGAGCCCUCACCGCCUCAGUCCCUUUGCCAUCUGGUGCCCCCAGCCCCGGGGCCCGAGCGGUCCGGCUGCGAGACCCCCGUCAGCGUGGACUCCAUUCCCCUGGAGUGGGAUCACACAGGUGACGUGGGGGGCUCCUCCUCUCACGAAGAUGACGAGGAAGGCCCCUACUACAGCGCGCUGUCAGAUGUAGAAAUCCCUGAAAAUCCUGAGGCAUAUCUUAAAAUGACCACAAAAACUUUGAAAGCGUCUUCUGGUAAAUCCAUUUCUGAGGGCCACGCUUGGCAUGUUCCUGAUAGCCCCUCCUGUCCCAAGCAUCACUACAAACAAAUGGGAGGUGAUAGGAUUGUACAGCCUAUCCCUUCAGAUUCCAGCACUCCUUAUAAACCAGCCUGUGUAAAGCUGCCAUUACCUCCAGGCACUGAUGGUGGCAAAGAAGGCCCAGUGGCCUUGAACGGCAGCCCCCAGCCAGCGGACGAGGGGCUGGCCACCCUCACUGGGCAGCAGCCAGGUGCCUUUGACACAUGGGAGCUGAUUCAAGCACAAGAACUUCACAAUAAACUCAGAAUAAAACAAAACUUGGAGCAGCUGAACUCUGAUAUCUGCAACAUCACCACUUGGCUGAAAAACACUGAAGCAGAGCUAGAAACAUUAAAGAUGGCAGAGCCUCCUGCUGAUAUCCAGGAACUGGACCUCAGAGUGAAGAGACUGAAGGAGAUGUUAAAAGCCUUUGACACUUACAAGGCUUUAGUGGGCUCUGUCAAUGUGAGCAGCAAGGAUCUCCUGCAGCCUGAGAGCACUGAAUCCCGAGAGCUCCAGGGCAGAGUCGGCCAGCUGAGGCUGCGCUGGGACGCAGUGGAGGGUGCGGUGGAGAGCUGGCGCCGGGGUCUGCGGCAGUCGCUCAUGCAGUGCCAGGACUUUCACCAGUUGAGUCAAAGUCUGCUACUGUGGUUAGCGAGUGCUGAGAGCCGGAGGCAGGAGGCUCAUGUCACCAACCCAAAGGCAGACCCCCAGGUUCUCCUGGAGUGUCAGGAAGCACUAAUGCAAUUGGAAAAGGAGCUAGUGGAACAUCAGCCUCAAGUAAACUCCUUACAAGAGAUUUCAGACAGCCUUCUUAUUAAGGGGCAUGGAGAAGACUACAUUGAGGCUGAAGAGAAGGUGCACGUUAUUGAAAAGAAACUCAAACAGUUACUUGAGCAAGUCUCCCAAGACUUAAUAUCCUUUCAGGGCAGCCAGAACCCAGACCCAUCUCUGCCUGGCUUGGAUGAGGCCAACUAUGUAGAGCAGCCGCCAGCCUCCUCGCCAGCACCCCAAGCACAGCAGUUCGGAGCAGAGAGAACUACAAAAGGCAAGAACCAGACAGACCACAGGGUGCCAGGCCCCACCGGUCCCGGCAGCUCGCGGCCACAGCGCUCCUUCCUCUGCCGUGUGGUCCGAGCAGCGCUGCCCCUGCAGCUGCUGCUCCUGCUGCUCCUGCUCCUGGCCUGCCUGCUGCCCUCCUCCGAAGAGGACUACAGCUGCACUCAGGCCAACAACUUCGCCAGGUCCUUCUACCCCAUGCUGAGGUACACCAACGGGCCGCCCCCCACAUAGAGGGCUCGGCCUGGCCUGUAGCUACACUCUACCAGCCAGUUUACACGGGGCCUGACUCACAGCCCUGGAAUGUGGGGGUGACUCAUGUGGCCUGAUCCAGGCCCCAGCUUGGUCUCCCCCUCUGGGAAUGGCCAGAGAGCCUCUCUGGGGACCCAGGGCAACAGUUGCCCCGGGCAGUUUGGUUUCAAGAUCUCUGGAAACUACCAUUUCCCGAAGAGCCAAGCACUUUGAAUUCUGAUUUAUUUGUAAAACAUUAUUAAAGAAAACAUUAUUAAAGUAUAGCUAAUAUGGUCAAUGAACAGUAGUGUCCCCACAUUAAUAUAUAAUAUGGAAACGAGCAGUCACAUGCCACCUUAGAAAUGGGUCAGGAACUCACAUGCACCCUUGACUGAUUGAUUGAAACAAUCAUAUUUCAAAUGCUUAGAAUUCAUUUUACUCCAAUCAGCUGGCAAUCCUGAGCUACAGGUUAGAAACCAAAAUGUUCUGUCAGUACUUAGGUCAGUCCUUUUAUAUUGCUUUAAAUUUUUAAAGAAAGUGUACUGCAUGGAUGUGGUUAUUUGUGCAUAUUUUUUAACAAUUCUCAAUCUGUAUGAAUAAUGUAAACUUUGAUUUUUUAAAAAAAAAUUUUAGCUUGAGCUUUUGACUAAUGUACAGAAAAUGCCAAACUACAGCCUUGAUAGAGAUGUUUUUGUAAAUGAAUUUUGUAAGACUUUUCACAAUGAAAGUGAUGCUUCAGGUUUUGUUUAACUGUUCGGCUACAGGGGGUCGGUACAGAAACUUGAAGCUGUUUGUGAAUGUACAACUCAGAUGUUUCUCAUUAAAUCAAAACAGAAAACCAUA